GAAAUAGAGAGAAAGGAAGAUGGAAUGGCAAGGUUGUUAAGGAAGCGUGUGAAAGGACAGAAGAGAUCAGAUCUCAGAGAUUCGUAAUAAGGGUGAAAGCGCUGGCAGCAUGUUCGAGUUCACUGCGAUUGGCGAUGGCUCCUCACAGGCAAAGAUCCUCUCGUUGGACAACACAAUCACAAUCCUUGCAGAUCCAGGAUGGAACGGGACAGACUCGCUGGAGUUCUAUGCUCCCUACGUGAAUUCGAUCGACAUGAUCAUCCUGUCACAGACCACGACGUCCUUCAUCGGGGCGUACGCGUAUCUUCUACAUCAGCACCCGCAGUUGCGACACAUACCCACGUACUCGACGCUUCCCGUGACCAAGCUCGGACGAGUGUCUGUCUGCGAACUGUACCGGUCCCUCGGGCUGUUGGGGCCUGUGGACGGCAACUCGAUCGAGUUCAAUGACGUGCUGCGCUACUUCAACAGCAUCAAGUGUCUAAACUACUCCCAGACGAUCCAUCUCCCCCAUGUGAAUAACAAGUUGAUCAACCUAUCGCUGACCCCGUACAACUCGGGCUACACCAUCGGAGGCUCCAUCUGGCUGCUGGAAAACAACAUCAAUGAGAAGAUUGUGUACGCGCCGAUAUGGAAUCACUCCAAGGACGAGUUUCUCAACAACUGUAAGAUCUUCAACAACUCAGACUUGGUCAGGCCCACGACGUUCAUCACAAACUGUGAGUUUGUUUCCUCGAAAUACAGUCAUUCAACGAGGGUGCAGACGUUCAUGCAGCUGAUAGAGAAAACACUUUAUAGCGGAACAAACGUGCUUCUACCAACCACAUUGGCGGGCCGUUUCUUCGAGUUGAUCAUCCCCAUCUUGCUCAACAACAAAAUCAGCGCAUCCAUAUAUAUGCUCAAUUUCACAGGUUUGGAAAACCUGAAAAUCUUGAGCAACUUCCUCGAGUGGAUGAACCAGAGUAUCAUAAAGCUCUGGGAAAAUGAGAAUCAAUCGGAAAUUCUCUUUGAGCGUAAUAGAAUCCAGCUGAUAAAGUUUGAAGAUUUGGACUCCUUGGUGAACACUUCGGAAUUCCAGAGAAAGCCUAAGAUCUUUUUUGUCGAAGAGAUGAACCUGAUGGAUGGGUCUUUUUUCAGUCAGUUCCUCAUAGAUAUGAACUCACGACUCAGCUAUUCCAUGAUUCUAACCGAAAAACCUAACUUGAAUUCCAAGCUGCACCAAUUCUAUAAAAUAUGGAGGCAAGGUGUUGAUGCCACUGAAGCAGAUCCUAAGGAAGGAUCUCACAUAGUGUUGGAAAUCCCAGACGUGAGGUUGGCUUCUGUCAAGGAAGAGCUUCUACGAGGAAAAGAGUUGGCUGCUUAUUUGAAGAAGAUUGGAGAAAGAAAGGAGUUGGAAUUAAAGUUGGAAAAGGAGGAAAUGGAAAAGAGAAGACUUGAAGAAAUGCUAGAAGCUGGAGUGAAGGUUGAAACUGAUACCGAGGAUGAAGAAGAUGAAGAGGACGCAGAUGCAGAGAAAGUGUUGGCAAACAUAGACCAGAAUAUAAAAGCUGACGAAAGUGCGCUCAGCGGAAACACGCUGACAAAGAAAGACUCGCAGACUGCUGUUGGUGUUGAGAUAACUGCAAAUAUCAUAAAGACCGCCGAAAUCAAGUUCCAAUUGGAUGAUUCGAAAAGAUUAAAGAUGGAUGAAAUAUUGAUGCUACCUAGAGAUUUCGAUGUCAGAAGCUUGAAACACAAAAACAGAGUGUUCCCAUUUGUUAACAAUCGAUACAACGCGGACGAUUAUGGUGUGGUUGUGAAACAUGAAGACUUCCAGAUAUAUGAUGAUGAUAGGUUCCCUAUUUUGGGUGCAGACGCUACUAAUGCACACGAGAAUGGGAAUGACAAUAAAGGCAGUGGCGAUGAAAGUGGAGGAAGUGGUAUGGAAAGCGAUGAAGAGCAAGGCAGGGGGAAGAAAAGGAAUAGAAGAGGAGGUGACAGACGGAGGAGGAAACGGAGAGGUGGCAAUAGGAACAGACGUAAUGGAGGCAAUGACGGUAAUGACGGUAGCGGUAGAAGAGGGAAAGAGGAAAAUGCGUUAUACCAGCCUGCUGUCUAUUCACUAGAAUCCACUGUUGAUCCGGUUGUGAGAGAGAAGACCACUUCACGUGUAACUGUCAGAUGUGGAAUUUCGUUCAUCGACUUGGGCGGUAAUCACGAUUUGAGAUCGCUCAAAUUCACAGCCAAGCAAAUCAAACCACGGAAAGUGAUCAUCUUGCCUGGUGUGAGUGGCAACGCAGAUGAUUUGAUGUUGGAAUUAAGCGAAGAUACAAAACAGAGCAUUCUUUCAGGCAACGAUCAUUCUGCUAAUAUUGAUGUCGAGUACAUCAAGAGUAAGAUGAACCAAAAAAUUGACCUUGGAGAUGUCAUCACCUCAUACGAGCUUCUGCUUGAUGAGAAGCUUGCAUCAAGCUUGCACUGGCAAACAUUGAAUGACGGGUACAGUGUCAGUUCCGUUGGUGGUGUUGUGGAAAAGUUGAAGGACUGGGAAUUCAAAUUGACAGAGUUGGGAUCCACUGCGUCGAGCACAAUGGCGGUUAGCAGCACCAAGAUCGGAGAUGUAAAAUUGGCCCAGUUACGUAGAGCACUUGCGACAAAGAAGCACCGUGUAGAGCUGAUGGGUGACGGUCGUCUGGUUGUUGACGAGGAACUUGUUGUCGGCAAGGCCAGCGAGGGGAAUUUGAGUAUAGAGGGUGGACUAGGGGGGUUGUUCUACGAGGUAAAGGACUUGAUCGAGAAUAUGCUUGCCACCAUUUAGCGGUGGUGCCCUUUGUAACUAUUAGAUAAAAAAAAGCACAUGUAUGAUCGUAUAC